AUGUCCUCACCACCAGAACGCGGCGGGUCUUCUCGACCGGGCACUGCAACGACAUCCACUGCACCCACCGCCCCAACCCUCAAUACGACGCCAUCCUCCGUACGCUCUCCCACCGUCUCGCAGCCCUUCAUUUAUCCCAUGCGAUCCGCUGUCAGUCUCAAACAGCCCAGCCGCGACGCUGCCACAUCACAGGCGCCAGACCAAGUGUUCAGCCUCAACACGCCAGCCGCCAGCGGCUCACGGCCAACGUCAUCCGACGGUCCCAGUCAUCAAGCCAAAAAUUCCGGCUCGGACAUUAUCCACGAAGGCCGUAAUCGCCCAGAAGAUGUCGACAAGGCCGCAGAUGCAGCGAUGGGUCGAAUGAGAGUGCCAGGCAACGAGGACAAGGAUCUGCGCGAUCACCUCGAGCAGCUCACAACCACUCGCUUUGAAUACGUCAAGACCGCCGAGGGGCACAUGAUCCUGACCGGUCGCGGAGGCAAGCUCGCGCGGUGUGAAGACGAGCCCAUCCACAUCCCAGGCGCGGUCCAAUCAUUCGGCUGCAUGAUCGUCGUCCGCAUCUCACCAGACGGCGAGAUGGUGGUACGUCAGGCGUCCGAGAACUCGACCGAAAUCCUCGGCCUAUCCCCUCCCUAUCUCUUCAGUCUUCCCACCUUUCUCGACAUUCUCGAUGACGAUCAAGCCGACUUGCUCUGGGACAACAUCGACUCGCUCGACCAAUCCAGUCAAGAUCUCGUCGAAACAGGGCCGACCGUCUUCCAGCUGCGCGGCUACGAUAUGGCCAGCUACGAUGAGCGCGUGACCAACGGUGCUCAACGAAGGACAUGGAACGCUUGGUGUGGUGCACACAUCCCAGAUCGCAGGAACGACGGCGAGGGCGAGCUAACCGUCAUUCUCGAGUUCGAAUUGGUCGACGACGUAGACAAUCCCAUCUCCACCUUUUCGCCGCCCACAACGCCGCUCGACGAGCGCGAGCGCGAACAAUCUAACGGUCCCGGCCUCGGUCUUUCAGCAGGGUGGACCCGAGCGGGGUCCUUUUCAGCAGCUUCAGGGCAAGAAUCUCCCUCCAUCAGCAUAGGAACGAUCCACUCGAGCGCCAGCAGCUCGACGACGGUGCGCGACAAAGGCCCUCGAGACGGGCUCGACGGUCUGGCAUACACACCCUCAGCAGAAGAGUUGCGCGAAUCGACGCGCGCCGUACACAGGCCGCUCAAGGCCCUCUCACGCAUGCGUCGCCAAGCCGAGAACAAGCAAAACAACCGCAGCCGUCGACCUGCCGUGCUUCCCAGCACCGGCGGCGGCGAUGGCACGGGAGGCAUGCUCGACAUGUUUGGCAUCCUCAGUCAGGUCAACGAUCAGCUAUCGGCACAAAAGGAUCUCAACGAAUUCCUCAAGGUGCUUGUCGGUAUCGUCCGUGACAUUACGCUCUUCAGUCGUGUCAUGAUCUAUCAGUUUGACGAAUCCUGGAACGGCCAAGUCGUCUGCGAGCUCGUCGACUGGAACGAUUCGCACGACCUCUACCGUGGUCUCCACUUCCCCGCCACCGACAUUCCGGCCCAGGCGCGUGCGCUGUACAAGAUCAAUAAAGUGCGACUGCUCUACGAUCGCGAUCAACCCACCGCACGCAUUAUGUGCCGUGACCAAGCCGACCUCGAUUUCCCUAUCGACAUGACGCACGCCUUCAUCCGCGCCAUGUCGCCGAUCCAUAUCAAGUAUCUCGCCAACAUGGGGGUCCGCUCGUCCAUGUCCGUGUCCAUCACAGCCUUUGGCGAGCUCUGGGGUCUCAUCUCGUUGCACAACUACGGCGCGCAUGGUAAGCGAGUCUCGUUUCCCAUCCGUCAGCUCAUGCGGCUUAUCGGCGAGUCCGUCUCGAGCAACAUCGAACGUCUCAGCUACACCCGCAGACUGUCCGCGAGAAAGCUCAUCAACACGCUACCGACGGACCAGAACCCAAGCGGUUACAUCAUCUCGAACGCCGAAGAUCUGCUGACCCUCUUUGAUGCCGACUACGGUGUCAUUGCCAUCGGCAACGAGGCCAAGAUUCUCGGUCCUCUCAACGCAAGCCAGGAAGUGCUGGCGGUCACCGAGUACCUGCGACUGAAGAAGUUCGAGCAUCUCGUCACCUCACAGGACGUGCGUCGCGACUUUCCCGACAUGGUCUUGUCGACCGGUCUGCACGUCAUCGCUGGUCUCUUACUCGUGCCUCUAUCGGGAAGCGGUGUCGACUUCAUCGCAUUCCUCCGCAAGACGCAGCUGCGUCACGUCAACUGGGCCGGCAAGCCCUUCAAGGAGGGCAAGGAAGGCCAAGCCGCGCUCGAACCACGCAAGUCGUUCAAGGUCUGGUCCGAAACGGUGGAAGGUACCUGCCGCGCCUGGAAGGACGAGGAGCUCGAGACUGCGUCCGUCCUUUGCCUCGUCUACGGAAAGUUCAUCUCGGUCUGGCGACAGCGUGAGCAAGCGCUCCAUUACAAUCAGCUCAACCGACUCUUGCUUUCCAAUGCGAGUCACGAAGUACGAACACCGCUCAACCACAUCAUCAACUACCUCGAGCUCGCGCUUGACAGCAAGCUCGACGACGAUACGCGCGAGAACCUCAGCAAGUCGCAUCUCGCUUCCAAGAGUCUGCUCUUUGUCAUCAACGACCUGCUCGACUUGACCAAGCAGGAGAUCGGAAACGAGCUCUUCCUGCAGGAGCCAUUCGAUCUGGCCGCGACGGUGCGCGAGGCGAUCGAGAUGCACGAAUGGGAGGCCAAGCGACGUCGCAUCGAUUUUUCCGUCUCCACGGACCCCGAGGUGUGCCUGGUGCUCGGCGACAAGAACCGUGUGCGCCAGAUCAUCACCAAUACGGUCACCAACUCGGUCAAGUACACGCGCGAAGGUCAGAUCACCGUCUCGAUGCGCAAACUCAUCGAAGACGAGCGCGAGACCGACUUGCCCAAUGGCUGCGACAUGGAGGUUGAGCUGGUCGUCAGCGAUACCGGCGAAGGCAUUCCUCAGGAGAAGCUCGAGGUCAUCUUCCGAGAAUUCGAGCAGGUGGAGUCCGUCAUUGCGCAGCCUGGCCGUCAAGAUUUGUCGGAUCUCGAGGGAAGCGAGGCGAGCCUCGUGCGCACCGAUCAGUCGGACGGCGGUCUCGGUCUUGGCCUCGCCAUCGUGGCGCGUGUCGUCAAGAACCUGGGUGGACAGCUCCGCGUCGAUUCUUCCGUUGGCGAAGGGACUACCUUCACCUACUACAUUCCCUUUUGCUCGGCAGAGACCACCACGCCCACCGAGAUGCCUCAGACAGGCAGCGGCGGCAGCGGCGCCAGUGGUACCAAGCGCGGCAGCGAUUCAGUCUCGAUGCGACGUGCCAACUCGAUCGGCAGCGGCAGCGCCAGCUCCGCUGGUCGAAGUGAGAUCGACUCGCUCGUUGAGGCCAUUCAGCAGCCGGUACUGCGCGACCAGGGCACCGUGGAGGAUGUGACGCAGCAGAGGCGCACCGCCGAGGGCGCCUCAUCCAACGUUCACAACGGUCCCAGGAACGUCUCGGCUGGCACUGCGCGACCGGGCUUCGGAGCCGCUCGGAACCACUCGUUUGACAGCGGCACCCAUCCCGUCGAGGGAAGCGGUAUCCCUGUGCGUUCCGUCAAGAUCGAUCCGCAGGCUCUGGACUCGAACGACCGUGCCGACCGACGUCCGCCCAGCUCUGCCUUCAUGUCGAGCGCCACCACGCAUGCACGACCCGCCAGGAGCAACUUGAGCGCAGCCGAGUCGUUCAAAGCCGAGGUGGAGCACCGAGCUCGCGAGAAUCCUCCGCACAUCGCCGGAGACGCUUUGCCGUUCCAUGCCAAGCAGCAGCGAUCGGCGCCGGUGGACGAAGCACCACCUUCGCCUCGUACUCCUGCCAAGAACAACCUCAACGUGCCACAGUCCGAAGCCGAAUCGCCAGGUUCCGAGGACACGCACGCUUCCGAUCAUACCGCUGAACGCCGCGCCUCGUCGUCGUCGACCAACGCUGCCAAGCGUAGGAUGGCAGUCAUGCGCGGGCUUCACAAGACACCAGGCGCUCGCAGCGAAAAGCUUGCUCCGCUGCGCGUGCUGGUAGUCGAAGAUGAUCCCAUCAACCGCAUGAUCCUCAAGAAGCGACUGGGUCUCGAUGGUCACACGACGCUGCUCGCCGUCAAUGGUGAAGAAGGCGUGCGACAGUUCGAACAAGACGCCAAGGAGAUCGAUGUCAUUCUGAUGGACCUGCAGAUGCCCAUCUGCAACGGCCAGGAGGCGUGCAUCCGCAUUCGCGAGCUCGAGGCCAAGUGGGCAGAGAGCGGCGAGCACGCGGACCGUCCGGCUGCCCAGGUGCUCAACGGGCGGGUUCCGAUCUUGGCCGUUUCGGCGACACUGGUGCCGCAGAUGAGACAGGAGAUGGUCGACAUCGGCAUGGACGGCUGGAUCCUGAAGCCGAUCGACUUUGCGCGUCUCAAUGCUCUGCUCAAGGGUCUGCUGCAACCAGAAGACCGUGUCGCCAACCACUGGAAGCCAGGCUACUCGUGGGAGAAAGGUGGGUGGCUGUCCGAGCCGGCGCAGCGUUCAGUGCCCAUCGCGGCCUCUUCCGUCGAAGAAGUCUCUGGGGCGAACGAUGUGUCGGCCUCGGAGGAGCCGAGCCAGCAAGUCGAUCCUCCCAGUGCCUGA